AUGCCAGCCUCCGCAGGUUCGUACCUUGCCUCUGCCUCGUCCUGCCGUGCCCUGCUGCGGAACACCCGACCGCAAUACUCCCAGCGCUCCUUGGCGCAUCUUGCUGGCGCUCCAUUGCUGAGCCAGGCAUCGUCUCGAGCUGCCUCUGCGACCAUCAACCGUCGCUCAUACGUCUCUGCCCCCUCUGCACUCGUCUCUCUCUGCCGCUCUCCUCCUUCGCUAUGUGCUACCCUUCGCGCGUUUCACUCGUCGGUACCGCGUGCGCUUCCACCCUCUGCAGAGACCGCCAGCUACCGUCUUAACCAUGUGAUGCUCCGUGUCAAGGACCCCAAGAAGUCGCUCGAGUUCUACGAAAACGUGCUUGGCAUGGACGUCAUCGACAAGCACGACGGCGGUGACUUUACGCUCUACUUUUUGGCCUACCAGCACCAGAAGGGCGUGAGCCGCGGCGAGCGUGAAGCCAUCCUCGAGCUCACGCACAACCACGGCACCGAGAACGACGACUCGUUCGCCUACCACAACGGCAACAACGAGCCCAAGGGCUUCGGCCACCUGUGCGUCUCGGUCGACGACAUCCAGGCCGCCUGCGACCGCUUUGAAAAGCUCGGUGUCAAGUUCCAGAAGCGCCUCACCGACGGAAAGAUGCGCAACAUCGCCUUCAUCCUCGACCCCGACAACUACUGGAUCGAGAUCAUCGCCACCAACAAGCCCCAGUAA